ACUAGGUUGGUUGUCGACGGCUGAACUAUUUGACAAAAUCUUUGCACCCAUCGUUGGAUUUCCCCUCCCACCAGCUGGGAGAUGGGCAAGCGGCGCCAACAAGAUGGAAGCGAGUGAAGAUCCAUUGCCAUUGCCUUUCCUUGUCUUCUGGCCCACGCCCUCUCCUUGCCUCUCCCUUCCAAUAUCAUCCAUAUCUGCGUUAGUUGCUUCCACUGAGGACUCUUAGCUGCUGCUGCUGCUGCUGCUGCUUUACUGAUUCCCUCACCUUCUACUGAAACCUCCUCCUCAUCUUCGACCUGCCGUUCCGAUAUCUGAGGGUGCUCCUAUUUUCACAAAGAUCAAUUUUCCCUGCGCCAUUUUUCUGUUCAUGUUCUUUGAUUCUUUGUGUCUGGUGCUCUGAAUCGGCCUCGAUCUGCCUUCUUUUAACUCUACAGAUUGGUUACAGUUGUAGCAGAUGGGCUCUGGAGAUUGGUUUAAGGCGAUAAUUCAUAGGAAGAAAACAAAGAAAGCUCGGGAUACAUCAAAGCCACAAUCAAAUGACUUUAAGUUGAAGAAUGAAGCUAGUGAUCAUCCAGAUGUAGCUGCUAUUCGAAUUCAAACUUCCUUUCGAAGACUUAGAGCGAGGAGAAACCUUCAGAAUCUAAAAAAAAUACAAAGGUUGCAGGUUUUCGCGCAUCGUAAAUCUGUUCAAAAGCAAGCACCCAACGCUCUGCGACAUGUUCAAUUGUGGAGCAAAAUGCAAAUGCAAAUUAGAGCUCGACGAGCAAGGAUGGUUGUCGAAGGCCGCAUCCGGCAGAAGAAACAUGAGAACCAGUUGAAGCUCGAGGCGAAACUUCAGGAUUUGGAGGUCAAUGUAGAUUGGAAUGGAGGCACCGAGACGAAGGAGGAAGUGAUUUCAAGGAUACAACGAAGGGAAGAAGCUGCGGUUAAGCGCGAACGAGCCAUGACUUAUGCAUUCUCCCAUCAGUGGAGAGCAAGCUCAGGGAUGAACCAAGGGCCAUUUAUGUAUGAGCUAGCAAAAGGCAAUUGGGAAUGGAGUUGGGUAGACAAAUGGAUUGCAGCUCAGCCAUGGGAGAGGAGGCCUUCAGCUCGGUCAUCGAAGCUCGGAGGCACUGAUGCAAAGAUCAUAAACCCUACUCGCCCGAGGAGCAAGAGUGUAAGAUCAAAGCAAGAAGAGCAACCUUCUCAUGGAGGAGAAAUUGUCACAUGACUUCAUUUGUUGCAAGACCACAGACCAUAGCUAUGUAAAUGAUGGUUGAUUGAAUAAAGAGUUUGGCAGGCAGCUGUAGAGAUA